GGUUCGUGGAGAGCAAGAUGGCGGCGCUGUGCAGAGGAGCUGCUCGUCUAACUCUGCCCAUAUGUCAGAUACGUCAAGGGCUCUACCGGGGGUACAGCGCCGGUUCAUCUUUUCAAUACAUCUUGGUUGAAAGGAAGGGCCAGAGUCAGAAUGUGGGCUUCAUACAACUGAAUCGGCCGAAGGCUCUUAAUGCAUUAUGUGAUGGACUAAUAAAUGAGCUCAAUCAGGCUCUGGACUCUUUUGAAAGUGACCCGCAGGUCGGGGCCAUUGUUAUUACUGGGAGUGAGAAAGCCUUCGCAGCUGGAGCGGAUAUCAAAGAGAUGCAAAACAGGACAUUCCAAGAUUGUUAUGGUGGAAGCUUUCUCGCUCACUGGAACCGUGUGUCUUCUGCUAGAAAACCAGUUAUCGCAGCUGUGAAUGGAUUUGCACUUGGAGGAGGAUGUGAGUUGGCCAUGAUGUGUGACAUAAUAUAUGCUGGAGAGAAGGCACAAUUUGGGCAGCCGGAAAUUUUGCUUGGUACCAUUCCAGGUGCUGGUGGGACACAGAGACUCACAAGAGCUGUUGGCAAGUCCCUUGCAAUGGAGAUGGUUCUUACUGGGGAUCGCAUCUCGGCCCAGGAAGCAAAGCAAGCAGGACUUGUGAGCAAAAUAUACCCUGCUGAUAAAGUUGUAGAAGAGGCAAUUAGCUGUGGGGAGAAGAUAGCCAGAAACUCCAAGCUUAUUGUGUCUAUGGCAAAAGAAUCUGUCAACGGAGCUUUUGAGUUGUCAUUGGCUGAGGGCAACAAGCUUGAAAAAAGACUAUUUUACUCAACAUUUGCCACAGAGGACCGUAAAGAAGGAAUGACUGCUUUUGUGGAGAAGAGAAAGGCAAAUUUCACUGAUCAGUAGAUUGUUCCUCGACAAAUGAAUGCCGUUUGGAUGAUGCAUUGAUAGAAAAACAUGCAGCUGUCCAUCUAUUAAGUAAAAAAGGCAUGUAAUGCCUUUCUUAAUAAAACACAGUGAGCGAGAGGUCUUAGAAUGCUAAAUCUGAAGUAUGGAGACUUCAUUGUUUCCUUGUGAAGAUUACAGAUAAUGGCAGUUUUUGAAAACGUAGUUUGCGAAAUGAUGAAUAAAGUGUACUUUCAGAUUACACACAUAAAUUAUGUUCUGAAAAAUGAAGUAGGGGAACAGCUCUGUAAUUUCACAAUACAAAAACAAAUAAAUGCCUUUAUAAGUGUA